AUGAUUCCCCUGUUCUUUUUGGUUGUCUGUGCUGAGUGUUUAGUGGCAUUCCUUUUAGUGGUGAAGAUUGGACCCCUGAGAGAACUGGUAAUGAAGGGUUUAGAUCAAGUGAAAAUGAGAAGGGGUACAGUUUUAACAAUUGCUGGUACUAUUUUUGUCAUCCUCUUUUCAAACCUUGUUAGCAUACUCAAGAUUCAGAAUAAAGGUUCUAAGCUUGGUACAAUGACACCAAUGGAUCAAGUACUAUGGAGGACCAAUUUGCUAGAGGCUACUCUCAUGGCCAUGUUUAUUGCUUUGAUGAGCGAUGCCAAGAGAGAAGAUAGAUAUUCAGGUCGUUGA